UGGCGCCACAUUUCUAACAAGGACCCCAGUAGCUCUGUGUCUGACAGCAAACCAAAAUAACCCGCUGUUCAAACCACUUUUACGUUAUUUUGUCGGGUUUGUCUCAUCUUAAAAGCUUUUAAUCGGUAUUUUUGAACAUGUUCAUCGCGGAUAUAAGAAAGGAAUUUUAUGAAGUCGUUGCCAACCAGAGAGUCGCACUCCUGGUGGCGUCGGACAUCGACGCUCUCUGCGCCUGUAAGAUACUACAGGCGCUGUUCCACUGUGACCAGGUCCAGUACACACUUGUGCCAGUAACCGGCUGGCAGGACCUUGGUACCGCCUUCCUUGAACACAAAGAGCAGUUCCAGUACUUUGUUCUCAUCAACUGCGGAGCAAAUGUAGACCUUCUUGAGAUGCUGCAGCCGGAUGACGACUCCGUCUUCUUCAUCUGUGACACUCACCGGCCUGUUGAUGUGGUCAAUGUCUACAAUGACACCCAGAUAAAGCUACUAAUCAAACAGGAUGACGACCUUGGCGUGCCCUCAUAUGAUGAUAUCUUUCGUGAUGAAGAUGAUGAGGAAGGAGGUGACUCUGGAAAUGAGAGUGAUGAAGGCUCAGAGCCAUCCGGGAAACGGAGGAGAUUUGAUGAAGGGGCAGUUGAGAGGAGGAUUGAAAGGCAGCGAGCGAGGAGGGAGUGGGAGGCACGCAGGAGGGAAAUCUUGUUUGACUAUGAGCAGUAUGAAUAUCACGGGACUUCUGCUGCUACGAUGUUUUUUGAGCUGGCGUGGGUGUUGACUAAAGACACCAAGGACAUGCUCUGGUGGGCCAUCAUUGGGCUGACAGACCAGUGGGUUCAUGAUAAAAUCACACACAUGAAGUAUGUAACAGACAUCGCCACAAUGCAGCGACACGUUUCCCGGCAUAACCACCGAAACGAGGAUGAGGAGAACUCUCUCUCAAUCGACUGUAUGAGGAUCUCCUUUGAAUACGACAUCCGUCUAACCCUUUAUCAGCACUGGUCCUUGUAUGAGAGCAUCUGUAAUUCCUGUUACACGUCAUGCAGCUUCAAGCUUUGGACGUUAAAUGGUCAAAAGAAACUCCAGGAGUUCCUAGCUGACAUGGGGUUACCUCUGAAGCAAGUGAGACAGAAAUUCAGCUCCAUGGACAUGUCCAUCAAAGAGAACCUAAGGGACGUCAUUGAGGAGUCUUCUAAUAAAUACGGUAUGAAGGACAUCCGCAUCCAGACUUUCGGCGCUCACUUUGGCUUUAAGAACCGCUUCCUGGCCAGUGACAUGGUGCACGCUACUGCUGCCUUGCUGGAGAGCACUGAGAAAGAUGAGAGUGACGGUGACAACUUCAUCAAGGCUCUGGACUCUCUUUCCAGGAGUAACCUCGAUCGUCUACAUUCAGGCAUUGAUCUGGCUAAGAAGAAGCUGAUGGCCAUCCAGCAGACUGUAGCCAGCUGCAUCUGUACCAACCUCAUCCUGUCCCAGGGACCCUUCCUCUACUGCUACCUCAUGGAGGGAACACCUGAUGUGAAGCUCUUUUCUAAGCCCAUGGCCUUGACUCUGCUCUGCAAGUACCUCCUGAAGGCUUUUGUCCAUUCUACGAGGAAUAAGCGCUGCAGACUGCUUCCUCUCAUCAUGGCUGCUCCCAAGGACGUGGAGAAGGGAACUGUCAUUGUUGUGGGCAUCCCCCCUGAGUCCGAAACAUCGGACAAGAAGAAUUUCUUUGGUCGGGCGUUUGAGAAAGCUGCAGAGAGCACCAGCUCCAGAACUCUUCAUGACAACUUCGACACUUCAAUAAUUGAACUGAAGAUGGAGGACAGGAGCAAGUUCCUGGAUGCACUCAUCACCCUCCUGUCAUGAGAGGGAAUGUGAGUCCAGGUUCUUGGUUUGAGUCUUGAACAGUGAAAGUGCGGCUGCUGUUCACAUCUUUUAUGUAAGAUGUGAUUUAAAUUAAUCAGCUGCAUCACAAGCAUGUGCAGUGUCAGCAGUACAAGAAAUGUAUCCAUGAAUUAAUUUUCCUUUAUCAGUCUCGCGCGCGUGUGUGUGUGUGUGUGUGUGUGUGUGUAUAUUGUACAGUAUUUUUGUAAAUGUGUGGAAGUCUUAUUUUUGCUUUUAAAUUCUUGUCAUUUGUCUUUUUAUUCCUGUCCAUGUUUGUGAGCGGUUCAUUACAUUUUAAACAUGUUUAAUAAAUCAUAGUAAGUUUC